GAGAGAGAGAGAGAGAGAGAGAGAGAGAGAGAGAGAGAGAGAGAGAGAGAGCAGUAUGGUGGUUUUUCCAGUUCUAAAGCUUGGAACCCUAACCCUUAGAACCCUCGCCAAACCCAUCGCUAAUAGGCUCAAGAAAGAUGCUGGCUUGCACCCCAAGUUUCGUCAAUUCAUCCUCAACAUUGCCCAGGCACACCAUCGCUUCUCGACGACAAUGCAAAGGCGGGUUUACGGACGUUCGACCGAGAUUGAGAUCCGCCCUCUGGACGAGGAGAGAGCUAUUCAAUCUGCCUCUGAUAUCCUUGGUGAAGUGUUUCUCUUCUCGGUCGCGGGUCUUGCUGUGAUCUACGAGGUGCAAAGAAACUCAAGAGCAGAAGCUAGGAAGGAGGAACUUCGCAAGCAAGAACAAGAGGCAUCGAAGAAAAAAGACGAAGCGUUCGCGACAGAGGUGGAGAAUUUGAAGCUGAGACUGGAAAAAUUGGAGCGAAGAAGCUUCCUGGACACGUUCAAGUUCUGGAAUGCGAAGGAAAAACAAGCCCUGUAACUCACGAAACCAACUCCACUCCCAUCACCAAGACUGUCAACCACACUGUAAUUUUAGGGUUCCUAACCACCAUGAGAUUUUUGAAUCUGUUAUUCUUUCUCAAUUUUUAAUACAGGAAUAACUGAUUUUUGUGUUCAGAAACUUUUGGGAAACGAAGAGUUAUAGAAUUGGAGUCUGUUCAGCCAGAUUUCAUAGGAGCAAAUGAUUCAUCGGAUUCUUCCUCCGAAAGUGUGAUGAAUGUCUAGACUUCGAGCAUUUAGACAUUCACACUGCCUGAGUGCCUCAGCGUUCGAAGGCCCCCAGAUCCUACUCUCUUCUCUACCCAGCCAUCAAGUACUCCAUUAACCUCCACUCUGGCCUCUGGAUCUUGGAUUUGUCGAGGGAAACAGU